AUGGCUGUGCUUCGCCUGACCGUGGUGGCCCUGGCUGCCCUGUUGAUGGCGGCCCCCAGCUUGGCUGUGGACUGUACCGGCCAUUAUGAGGUGCCAGACGGCAACGAUGGCUGCCGCUGCCAAUCCGGCUUUGCCUACAAGAACGGCCAUUGUGCCAUCGUCAAUGAAAUUGUGACCGAGGAAAACAAAAUUGUCCUCAAGGCAGAGGGCGUUGUCCUGCGGGCCCCCAAUGACGCCAUGACCAACGUUGCCGACACCAACCUUGGUGACACCCUCAGCUCGCUCAGCUCAAGCGCUGCCGAUAGCGCCUCCCGCCUCAGCGUCAUCGAAGCCGCCUAUGUCAACAUUGGCACCGUGCGCGAGCUUGAGGCUCUCUUGGGCAACCUCUCCGAUGCCAGCGAGUCGUUCGUGGAUGAAGCCCUUCUCGCGAGCCUAAUCCCCCGCCUUGCGACCAACGAGAUGGAGGACGUCGUCUGCCAAAACACGUCCGAUCUUCGCACGAUCCGCUACCACCUCUUUGGCCGCCACCUCGAGUACUGUGCCCAAUGGAAGAACACCUUCUACUGGCACCAGUUGGGCCUGCCCGACAAGUGCCGCUACGGCAACUCUUCCUCCGGAGUCUGCCAUCGCUGCAUCGAUGGCUACGUGACAGCCCGUGGUGGCACGCUUUGCACCAUGCAGGGCAACGUGCUCCACCUCGCUUUUGACAACAACCUUUAUGACCAAUCCUGGCUUGGCCGAGACGCCCGCUUUUAUGGCGUUGCCAACGACUACACCUUUGGUGACAACGUGUUUGCGUCAGCUGACGGUACCCCCUUCCUCAAGCUCAACGGCAACGGCGAGCAUGUGCGCGUCGAGCCCAUGACCUUUGGUGGCGACCUGUCCAUUUGCGUCGAUGUGUAUUAUGAAAACUUUUUGACGUGGUCCCGCGUCAUGGACUUUAGCGCUGGCGGCGAAGGCGGCACGCAGACUGGAAGCGACAGCAAUAUUCUCCUCGCCAAUGUCGGCGGUUCCAGCGAUAUGAAGUUUGCUGUCCAGAAUGGCGGCCAGCAAAUCUUUGCCAUGGAACUUGAGAACUUUCUCGACGCUGCCUACCACAAGUGGGCCCAUGUGUGCAUCACGGCCGACGGCGGGACCUACACCGCCUAUCUCAACGGCGAGGUUGUUUCCAUUCAAACCGGUCCUCCGAUCCCUUGGGUGCGCCGCUCUUCCAAUUACAUCGGCCGCUCCAACUGGCAGGGAAACGCCCACUUUAAGGGCAACAUGGAUAACCUUCGCAUCUUUUCCCGCGCGCUCACAGCCGACGAUGUGGCUGAAAUCGCCAGCGAGGUCAUCUUUCCACCCCCCUUGGACGAGGGUCUGUUUGCUCGCUACCGAUUCGAAGGCAACACCUUGGACAGCAGUGGUAACGGCAAUGAUGCGGUUGCGGAAAACCAUUUGCCCUUCAACGCUUAUCAGCGUCGUGCGCCCGAGGGUGAAUAUGCCAUGCAGUUUGACGGCACGGACGACUAUGUCACCAUGCCUGCCAUUUCUUUUGACGAUUCGGCCCUCAGCUUCUGCUUCCACAUUCGUUGGUACGACCUCGACUCAUGGAGCCGAGUCAUUGACAUCCACAACUCGGGCAGCGAUGGUGUCCUUCUGACGCAUAUUGACACCGGCGAGAAUUUGCAAUUUGCCGUUAAGAUUCCCAGUCAGCCGCAAGCGACGCUGGAAGUAACCAGCGGUUGGGCGUACGCUCGGGGGGCUUACCAACAUUAUUGUGCCACCAUGAACAACACGGAAAUGGCACUCUACCGUCAAGGCCGUCUUGUCACGACCGUGAGCAACGUGACGCCCCUUGGCACGCCCACCUAUGCCAACGCCUACAUUGGGCGUUCUGCAUACUCGUCUGAUGCCACUCUGGGCGCCGAGCUUGAUGACGUCCAAAUUUAUCGUCGUGCUCUCCCGCUGGAGGAUGUCCAGUUGGCCAUGUGCGAUGGCAAGGCGGCCUUGGACUGCGUUGGCCUCUUGGGCCACUGGACCUUUGAUUACAGCCUGCGUGACAACAGCAAUAACCAGUGGAACGGUGAACUCGUGGCCGCAGAUCAGGAGGAGGUGACCCACUUCGUUUCCGAUGAUGCCAUCGAGGGCACACAUGCGCUAAACUUUGUCGGCAACAACAGCUACGUGCAGCUGCCCCCCCGACGCCUCUUUGGCGAAAGUGAUCUCUCGUUUUGCGUCUGGGUGAAGUUUGGUUCCAACAAUUAUUGGGAGCGAAUCUUCGACUUUGGCAGCACCUAUGGUUCCCAACGCAUCUACAUGUCCCGCGUGGGCAAUGACAACACCAUUCUUUUGGAUGUGCACAAGAAUGGUGGAAAUACGGAUGUCCGUGCCGACCUGCCCAACUCCACAGACUACACGCACGUGUGUGCUACCAUCGACUCAGCCGGUGGUCACAUGUACAUCAAUGGCGAGCUGGCACAGGAAACCCCGGGCGUGCCAAAGUUGGACCUGCUUAACUCUAACCUCAAUUAUAUCGGUCGCUCUUACUAUGAUCAAGAUGCUUCAACCGAUGCCAAGAUGGAUGACUUCCGCAUUUAUGGCUAUGCGCUGUCGGCCACUGAGGUGUCGACCCUGUACAACAUGUAUGCCAAUUAGUAAAGUCUCGACAUUCACGGGCCGCGCCUGUAUGGGACAACCAAUUCUGUGGUGGUUGGUUCGAUAUGCACAGGUAUUCAUCCUCAGUGUGUGUCCACUUUGGUGUCCUGGUUUGUGUUCCUGAUUUUAUCCGCGCCUUGCAUGGAAUGAACAAUGCGUAUUAUGCGAUGAUAUUAUCAUUUUUUGUAUGGGCGUGUCAAUUGUAAUCACAACGAGA